UCGAGCACUUUGUUUAUUACCGGCGACGCCACUGCCACCGUGGAGAGCUAUUAUUAGCAUAGCCGGGGAAACCGAUCCAGAAACAAUUCUAUACUUUGAUAGUAGUUUGACUUGUUAAUUGACGCACAGUCGUCUACGGUGCAUACGCAUACCUUCAUACCUUCGCCCCGACAGGUAGCCUACUGUGCUGUGACAAUGUCGGAGUUCUGACGAGACAAGAAGACAACUUUUCCCCAGCGUGCCUCAUGGAACGAUACCAGGAAGACUUAGCUGAUCUGGACCCUGUCUUUCUAGAGGAGGAGGAAUGGGAUCUGUACAACUCCCUCUCGGCCCUGUCCCUGCCCAGCCCCCAGCCCCAACCCCGCUCCCCUCUCUGGUCCCAGGGCGGAGGCAAUGGGGGCUCCAAUGACCCUAACACCCAGGGGGUGGGGGGAGGGGUCCCCAACCCAAACUCCUACCUGAGAUUCAGGACCCAGGCGACAGAGGUCCCCCAGAGAGGAGCAGCCCCCCUUCCCCCUCCAGUACCCCCUCGGAGGAGAACCACCAGGGCUGCUCUGCUGACUAAUGCUCAGAAGAGGUUCUCCUGCGACCUGACAGUACCCGCUAUCAGACUGAACCGCUUUAAUACAGCCAGAGAAAGUCAUGUGAGUAUCACUGGUUUGGCCCUCGCAAAAUAGGUUUCUAACCUCAAGAGGGUCUUUAAAAUAAAAGUCAAAGAUAAAACUAGCGUACUGCGGGAUGGGGAUUUCAUUCACUGGAAACAAAGAGAUCUCUGUGGAGAUGAAGGAAACAUGUUAAAGGUCCAAUGCAGCCAUUUUUAUCUCAAUAUCAAAUCAUUUCUGGAUAACAAUUAAAUACCUUACUGUCAUUGUUUUCAAUAAAAAUUGUAAAAAAAAAAAAGGAAACCAAAAUUAGUUUCUUAGCAAAAAGAGCAAUUUCUCAAGCAAUAAUUUUGCUAGGACUGUCUGGGAGUGGUCUGAGUAGGAAGGGGAAAAUUGAAAACUUUCUUUCUUAUUGGUCUAUUAAAACUCCAUCCAACCAAACAGGCUGAAAUGUCAGGCAUUAUUUUCACACAGCUUCUACACUAAAAGAGCACAAUUCACAAUUUCUCAGUAUUAUUCCAAACUCAUUGUUUAUAAAUAUAUAUAAAACACGGGAAAAUCUAAUUUUUUGACUGCACUGCACCUUUAACAAUAAGUGUUAUUUUAGUCAAUGCGGCUUUAUUUUGUCUUUGUCGUGGGUUCGAUUCCUGCUGGGGUCACAUACUAAAAAUGUAUGCCCUCACUGUACUGUAAGUCGCUUUGAAUAAAAGCUUCUACUAAGUUGGAUAUACAGUAUUAUAUAUUUUUAGCUGGAUACCUGGAACAUCAAACUGAUAGACACUCCACAAGGAAGCACCAAACAGCUGGCUUCUCUCUGCAUGUUGACGUCCAAGUAAGAAAAGUCAUGUCCCUUUUUAAGAUGUUUGAAUUUCAAGUCCAAUGAAUCAUUUUAACAUUCAAGAUAAGACAAACCGUGGAACGUCUUUGCGUUGCCACUCUUCAAGUUUCUUCUUGAGACACCAAGAAAUGAUCCAUAGCGGUGCACUUUCAUUAAAAUAAAAAACCGUUCUAAAGGCCUCUCCGUCUCUCUCUCUCUGUCAGACUGGUGUCUAGGUACCCCCACACUGACCAGGUGUCUAACUCAGGGGUGGUGUGGGGGCGUGUGUCACCUAUCCACCCCUCCUUACUGCAGGAGGCUGAGAUCACCGUCAAUGUGUCCACUCCCUGGGUCCUUCACCAAUUACCCAUUCCCACCAUGUUGAACAAGACAGUCCAGACCCUGAUAGAUGAGAUCUUGCUGCUCCUGGAACAGACUAACCCAAGAGACAGUGGAUACUACCUCCUGAAGCUGUGUGACUCUGAGGAGUACCUCAGGAAUGAGGAGGAGCUGGGUAUGCACGGGAGCAUCCAGGACUAUCAUAAGUGUUCCCUGGAAGUCCCUCUCAGAUUACUACAGGUUAACACACUACAGAACCUGUUGGCAAGGGACGUUGAGGAUGACAGAGCUCCAUGUCACCUGUACCGGCUCCUUGGCUCUGCUUGUGUCUUCAACACAUCAAGGAUAAGCCUCCAGGAGAAGCUGAGUUGCUAUAACAAGGAGGUUAACAAACUGAUGAGGAGCAAGUGUGGAAGCAAUCUUAACCUACUAGUGGAUGAGGUCCGUACCAUCAUCAACCUGCUCUGUGGGAUCUCUACUGGAGAGCUGGAAGAGGCUAUCGGCAAGCUACGGAGGAUUAAACCUGUAGCACUGGACCAUUUGGAAAUGUACGAGUGUGAGACCUCGAUCGUGAUGCUCCACCAGGCCCUGGGCAAACUGCUGCACGUUUUCUUUGACAACUUCGGCUCAGACUUCAGGGGCCAGGAUGUGUACCACAACCCUCCUGUCUGUGACGUAGACCACAGCUCCGACAUCCUCCAGCUCAACGUCGCAGCGCUCUACAGGCUACAACCCAACUGGUUAAACAGUUUUAAUUACUUCUCCAUUUCCUGUUCGCUGACGUACGGAGGGAAAGAUAUCUGUGAGACGGGCGUCUCCGAGAACAUCAGCACAGCCUUGUCGCUUGGCAACAAGAUUCAGUGUCACCGCAUGAUGGUGUUCCCAAAACAGAUCAAACAGCUACCCUAUGAGUCCAUGUUGACUAUACGUCUCCAGGGGACGAAACAGGGCAAGUCUCCUGAACUGUUACGCUGGGCCGUCCUGCCUCUAUACAGUAACAGGACCCUGGUGAGUGGUACUGUCCUGCUCAGCAUGUCUAUGCUGGUGGAGCUGUCUGAGCCUCCCUCUCCUGCCCUGUCAGACAGUCACAGCCAGGCUACUGGCGUCAUCCUGCAGUUGGAGUUCCCGGAGACAGCUGAGUGGAGGUAUGAAAGGCCCAUCUCCCUACCAGGGUCUGUCCUGAUCAGUCCUCCGUGCGAUGAGCUACACAAGAAGAUAUCAGAGGUCUCCCAGAAACACUGCCUCUGCUUUUUGUCAGAGAAUGAGAGGGCAUUACUGUGGAGUAAGAGACACUGCUGUGAUGGGAGUACCACCUUCCUGCACCUGCUGCUGGGUGGCGCCCCCCAGUGGGCUCCAGAGAACCUGACUGAGAUCUACACCAUACUAGAACACUGGACAAUAUACCACCCUGAGGAAGCACUGUUUCUACUGUCUAACAAUUUCCAUGACCAGACGGUGCGUAGAAAAGCUGUGCAGCACUUUGAGCAGACUUCUGAUAGAGAACUAGAGGAAUAUCUACCUCAACUGGUACAGGCUCUGAAGAGUGAGUGGGAGUUGAAUGGACCUCUGGUGAUGCUGCUGUUGGACAGGUCACUGAAGAGUAUCAGGAUAGCCCAGCAGCUCUACUGGCUGUUGGUAGAUGCCCAGGAUGACACCCAUUACCAGAGCUGGUUCAGUAAGGUGCAGGCUGCCCUGAAACACUGCUGUGGUAAAGCACUGAGGAAGGAGCUGGAAGACGAAACCCGGCUGGUAACCCUGCUCACGCAGGUGGCUGAGAGCGUCCGCAUAGCUGACAAAAACCGCAGGAAGGAUGUGUUGAAGAGAGAGAAGUGGAAGAUUGAAGGCUUCUUCAAGAACGGGAUCAGCUGUCGUCUACCGUUGGACCCUGCUGUCCUCGUGAAGGGAGUUCAUUUGGAUGCCUGUAAAUUCUAUAACUCCCACGCUGCUCCUCUGGGAAUCUCCUUCAUCAACACAGAUCCUCUGGGCAGGAAAAUCUCUGUCAUCUGCAAGACAGGGGAUAACCUGCGGCAGGACAUGCUGGUGCUGCAGAUAGUGCGUGUGAUGGACAAGGUGUGGCUGCAGGAGGGACUGGACAUGAGGAUGAUCACUUAUAGGUGUCUCUCUACAGGGCGAGACCAGGGUCUGGUGGAGGUGGUUCCAGAGGCAGUGACCCUGGGUCAGAUCCAGCAGGAGUGGGGUCUGGGUGGGGCGCUGAGAGAGGACACCCUGGAGAAAUGGUUCCACAUGUGGAACAAGACUGAGGAGGAUUAUGAGGAGGCUGUGAUGAAUUUCCUCCACUCCUGUGCUGGCUGGUGUGUAGCGACCUUCAUCCUGGGUAUCUGUGACCGCCACAACGACAACAUCAUGUUGAAACACAGCGGUCACAUGUUCCACAUCGACUUCGGCAAGAUUAUGGGCAAUGCACAGAAGUUCGCCAGCAUCAAAAGGGACCGGACUCCAUUCGUCUUCACCUCAGAGAUGCAGCACUUCAUCACCGGCGGGGGUCAGAAACCCCAGAGGUUUCAUCGCUUCGUAGAGCUCUGCUGUGAAGCCUACAACACCAUCCGACGACGCACCGCCCUGGUGCUCAGCCUACUGCAGCUGAUGCUGGGUGCAGGCAUGCCGGAGCUGAACGACAUCCAGGACCUGCUGUAUGUUCAGAACAACCUGAAACCUCAGGACUCUGAGAUGGAGGCUACGUCCUACUUUACCAAGAAGAUCAAGGAGAGCAUGGGCAGUUUCCCGGUCAAGCUCAACUUCCUGAUCCACACCAUGGUCCAGUCCUCUGGGAAGAAGCUGGCGCCACCCAGCCCUUCUCAGAACACCUCCCCCAACACCAACAUCCAGGAAGCUGUCAUACAGAAGUACACCGUGAAGGGCAAGGAUGUGACUUAUGAGUUGAGGGUGACCAUCGAGGACGGCUUUCUGAUCAGUGAGAAGACGUUUGGCCAGUUUGGGCUGAUACACAAAGAGCUGAAGAAACACUUCAUAGAGUCUACGCUCCCACAAUUCCCCAAAUGGUUCAAGAUGUCGUUCACUCCAGGCAGAAAAAUGUCCCUGCUGAAUAAGUAUCUGAAGGAACUGUUCGAAGGACCAUGUAAAGGCAAUGAGUAUGUGUGCCGUUUGUUUCUGGAUGGACCCAAGACCAGGACUCCCAACUCUGUGAAAUCAGACAGAGACGGUGGACCCCAGAUUCAACUCUACAUUUCCUACAACGACCACAAGCUCUCUGUCCUGGUCAAACACCUCAAGAACAUUAGGUUGGCCAAUGGUUCGUGUCCAGAUGCCUAUGUGGUCACCAGGCUGAAGCCAGACCCCCUCAAAAGAUCCAAGAGGAAGACCAAGGUGGUCCGCAACAACCACAACCCUACCUUCAAUGAACUGAUAGAGUACCGUGACAUGUCGUCCGUGCAAGACCGCGAGUUAGAGGUAACCGUGAAGAGCAGGAAGGUCUUUGUGGCCUCAACCAACGUCAGACUGGAACAGAACAACAUAGACACAGAGGAGUGGUUCCUACUGGACAAUCGGGUGCCUGGGGCCUUUUCAUUAGGGCGCAUCGUAGCAUAACUUUUUACACCGUUGCACAGUGGUUCCUACUGGGAAAUCUGAUGCCUAGUGCGGAAACCGAAGAUGAGCGUUUCUUAUUGGACACAAUCCAAGUAGCACUGUCCCUCCCUGUUUCACUCCGUUUGAAAACGUUUGGAAAAACAAAAAGAAGUGUCUUUCAUUGGGCAAGAACAGGUAGUACCUCAUUCCGUUUCAAAAUGUUUUCUCCCUACUGAACACCAUUCUGGAGAGGUGAUGUGAUGCCAGCCUGCCACCACUAGAUGGCAGUGCUAUACAAGAACUUCCAUGGAGCAUUAGAGGAUUUGUUACACUUAAAACUUGUCUGUUCUAUUGGCACUGAUCUGGGAUCUGUUUAACAAUCCUCAUCUAAUCCAGAACUCUACCAUGAGAGAGGGAAGUAAAAACUCAACCCUAGAUCAGCAUCUAAGGAUAAUUCUACAACGGGUUGGUCAAAACAAGCAUUGUGAUUGGUUGAGACGUGUUCUAAGCCAUUCUAAGAAACCUGUUUAGCACAGGUACAUCUACGAUGCAAAAAAACGGCCAUUUUGUUUUCUGUUUAAUCUGAGAAAUCUUUGAGCAUCCAGUGUCCCAUCAGCCCAGCGAAGCCAAUUCAUUAACAUGAUGUCCACUGUAAAACACACCUAGACAUGAUGUCACCUCGCUUCCAGCCUAACAUUUGGUUUGUAUAAACAUUGCUGUCUGUCUCUCGACAUAUGCAACAUUGUUUCCAGUAUUGAAGUUCGAUCUCUACUGUCCUAUUGAGAAUUAACGCGUCAGGACGAGACGGACAUCUUUUCUCAGCCAGUCGAAAUCAUGAAUCGGCAUCUUUUUUUAUGGAUAUACAAAGAAAUGUCAAUAGAACAACAGGUCAAACGACUUGAAAUGCAGCUAGUUUUCUGUCUUACCAGCAUUUUUCUGUGUAUAUAUCCAUAUAAACAUUUAGCUGAUUCAUGACUGGCUGAGAUAAGAUCGGGUUCGGUUCUCAGUCGUGCAGUCUUUUGUUCUAUGGACGCGACCCAGUCGUUAGUUCUAAAUAUUCCGUUGCCAUGCUGGCCGGCAAAUGAAUGUCAAUAGAAAAAUAGGUCAAACGACUUGAAAUGCAGCUAGUUUUGCUGUUUUACCAGCUUGAGUUUGAAGUGAUUGCUUUAGCUUCGUAGUUGGCUAGCUCCUCUGAACAGUUUCCCGACGAGAGACAGCAAAUGUUGUAUGCCAGACGAAAUCGCGCAUCAUUAGCUCAUCGUUAUGGAUGUACCCAAAAUAGCUUAAACAAACACAGCUCCUUUGCUUUUAUUCUAGCUGCACUGUUUGACCUGAUUGUGCUAGCCGUAGUUGGCUAGCUAGCAAGCGAGGGGUAAGAGCGUUGCUAGCCACCAUGGCGACGAAACAUUUAGAACGAACAACUUGGUCGCGUCCAUAGAUGUAGAACAAAAAUACUUAACGACUGGGUCACGUCUCUGGCAACCUAACAAAUAGAAUGAACGGACAGCCGGAAAGCUGCAGUAGCAACCAUAGAUGUGUUGUUGUCCUUUAUAUAGACGAGUCAACAUCCUACUCCUUCAUAUAGACGAGUCAACAUCCUGCUCCUUUAUAUAGACGAGUCAACGUCCUGCUCCUUUAUAUAGACGAGUCAACAUCCUGCUCCUUCAUAUAGACGAGUCAACAGCCUGCUCCUUCAUAUAGACGAGUCAACAUCCUACUCCUUCAUAUAGACGAGUCAACAUCCUGCUCCUUCAUAUAGACGAGUCAACAUCCUGCUCCUUUAUAUAGACGAGUCAACAUCCUGCUCCUUCAUAUAGACGAGUCAACGUCCUGCUCCUUCAUAUAGACGAGUCAACGUCCUGCUCCUUCAUAUAGACGAGUCAACGUCCUGCUCCUUCAUAUAGACGAGUCAACGUCCUGCUCCUUCAUAUAGACGAGUCAACGUCCUGCUCCUUCAUAUAGACGAGUCAACGUCCUGCUCCUUCAUAUAGACGAGUCAACGUCCUGCUCCUUCAUAUAGACGAGUCAACGUCCUGCUCCUUCAUAUAGACGAGUCAACGUCCUGCUCCUUCAUAUAGACGAGUCAACGUCCUGCUCCUUCAUAUAGACGAGUCAACGUCCUGCUCCUUCAUAUAGACGAGUCAACGUCCUGCUCCUUCAUAUAGACGAGUCAACGUCCUGCUCCUUCAUAUAGACGAGUCAACGUCCUGCUCCUUCAUAUAGACGAGUCAACGUCCUGCUCCUUCAUAUAGACGAGUCAACGUCCUGCUCCUUCAUAUAGACGAGUCAACGUCCUGCUCCUUCAUAUAGACGAGUCAACGUCCUGCUCCUUCAUAUAGACGAGUCAACGUCCUGCUCCUUCAUAUAGACGAGUCAACGUCCUGCUCCUUCAUAUAGACGAGUCAACGUCCUGCUCCUUCAUAUAGACGAGUCAACGUCCUGCUCCUUUAUAUAGACGAGUCAACGUCCUGCUCCUUCAUAUAGACGAGUCAACGUCCUGCUCCUUCAUAUAGACGAGUCAACGUCCUGCUCCUUUAUAUAGACGAGUCAACGUCCUGCUCCUUCAUAUAGACGAGUCAACGUCCUGCUCUUUUAUAUAGACGAGUCAACGUCCUGCUCCUUCAUAUAGACGAGUCAACGUCCUGCUCCUUUAUAUAGACGAGUCCACGUCCUGCUCCUUCAUAUAGACGAGUCAACGUCCUGCUCCUUCAUAUAGACGAGUCAACGUCCUGCUCCUUCAUAUAGACGAGUCAACGUCCUGCUCCUUCAUAUAGACGAGUCAACGUCCUGCUCCUUCAUAUAGACGAGUCAACGUCCUGCUCCUUCAUAUAGACGAGUCAACGUCCUGCUCCUUCAUAUAGACGAGUCAACGUCCUGCUCCUUCAUAUAGACGAGUCAACGUCCUGCUCCUUCAUAUAGACGAGUCAACGUCCUGCUCCUUCAUAUAGACGAGUCAACGUCCUGCUCCUUCAUAUAGACGAGUCAACGUCCUGCUCCUUCAUAUAGACGAGUCAACGUCCUGCUCCUUCAUAUAGACGAGUCAACGUCCUGCUCCUUUAUAUAGACGAGUCAACGUCCUGCUCCUUUAUAUAGACGAGUCAACGUCCUGCUCCUUCAUAUAGACGAGUCAACGUCCUGCUCCUUCAUAUAGACGAGUCAACGUCCUGCUCCUUCAUAUAGACGAGUCAACAUCCUGCUCCUUCAUAUAGACGAGUCAACGUCCUGCUCCUUCAUAUAGACGAGUCAACGUCCUACUCCUUCAUAUAGACGAGUCAACAUCCUACUCCUUCAUAUAGACGAGUCAACAUCCUGCUCCUUCAUAUAGACGAGUCAAUGUCCUACUCCUUCAUAUAGACGAGUCAACAUCCUACUCCUUCAUAUAGACGAGUCAACAUCCUGCUCCUUCAUAUAGACGAGUCGACAUCCUGCUGCCGCUACUAGUGGUUCUGGGAGGGUGUUUGGAUUCAAAGAAUGAAAUGUUACAAGGGACUAGGGCUAGCAGGGACACUCUAGUCUGAUUCUGGACACUAGAUUUAGAAUAUAUUCUCUACACUGUAUCUUCCUUGUCUUUUUAUAUCUCAAUGUGAACAAAAUGAAGGAUAUUUAAUUUAAUUUAAAAAUGAAGGAAAUGUAUGUUUUGAAAAAGUGUAAUUAAUUGUAACCAUUAUUUAACUCAUAAUUGACUAUUUGUUAUGUGUGUAGAUCAUUUGUUGUAAAAUGUAAUAUUGUUUAUACUGUGAUUCCUAUCUCAUGUCUUAAUGGCCUGAUUGUGUUAGUACAGUGAUAGAUGAGAGCGUGUGGCUGGCUCCAUCCCUCCCAUCUCCAGACUUAGUCAGUCACACUCCCCUCACUCCAGCCUUCCCUCCCAUCCCCAGCCCUAGUCCCAUCCUCAGCUCAGCCCUAGUCCCAUCCUCAGCUCAGCCCUAGUCCCAGCUCAGCCCUAGUCCCAUCCCCAGCUCAGCCCUAGUCCCAGCUCAGCCCUAGUCCCAGCUCAGCCCUAGUCCCAUCCCCAGCUCAGCCCUAGUCCCAUCUCCAGCUCAGCCCUAGUCCCAUCCACAGCUCAGCCCUAGUCCCAUCCACAGCUCAGCCCUAGUCCCAUCCUCAGCUCAGCCCUAGUCCCAUCCUCAGCUCAGCCCUAGUCCCAUCCUCAGCUCAGCCCUAGUCCCAUCCCCAGCUCAGCCCUAGUCCCAUCCCCAGCUCAGCCCUAGUCCCAUCCCCAGCUCAGCCCUAGUCCCAUCCCCAGCUCAGCCCUAGUCCCAUCCUCAGCCUAGUCCCAUCCCCAGCCCAGUCCUAGUCCCAUCCCCAGCCCUAGUCCCAUCCCCAGCUCAGCCCUAGUCCCAUCCUCAGCUCAGCCCUAGUCCCGUCCCAUCCUCAGCCCUAGUCCCAUCCUCAGCCCUAGUCCCAUCCUCAGCUCAGCCCUAGUCCCAUCCCCAGCCCUAGUCCCAUCCCCAGCUCAGCCCUAGUCCCAUCCCCAGCCCAGCCCUAGUCCCAUCCUCAGCUCAGCCCUAGUCCCAUCCCCAGCUCAGCCCUAGUCCCAUCCCCAGCCCAGCCCUAGUCCCAUCCUCAGCUCAGCCCUAGUCCCAUCCCCAGCUCAGCCCUAGUCCCAUCCCCAGCUCAGCCCUAGUCCCAUCCCCAGCUCAGCCCUAGUCCCAUCCUCAGCUCAGCCCUAGUCCCAUCCCCAGCUCAGCCCUAGUCCCAUCCCCAGCUCAGCCCUAGUCCCAUCCCCAGCUCAGCCCUAGUCCCAUCCUCAGCUCAGCCCUAGUCCCAUCCUCAGCCCUAGUCCCAUCCCCAGCUCAGCCCUAGUCCCAUCCUCAGCUCAGCCCUAGUCCCAUCCUCAACUCAGCCCUAGUCCCAUCCUCAGCCCUAGUCCCAUCCCCAGCUCAGCCCUAGUCCCAUCCCCAGCUCAGCCCUAGUCCCAUCCUCAGCCCAGCCCUAGUCCCAUCCCCAGCUCAGCCCUAGUCCCAUCCUCAGCUCAGCCCUAGUCCCAUCCUCAGCUCAGCCCUAGUCCCAUCCUCAACUCAGCCCUAGUCCCAUCCUCAGCCCUAGUCCCAUCCCCAGCUCAGCCCUAGUCCCAUCCUCAGCCCAGCCCUAGUCCCAUCCUCAGCCCUAGUCCCAUCCUCAGCUCAGCCCUAGUCCCAUCCUCAGCUCAGCCCUAGUCCCAUCCUCAGCCCUAGUCCCAUCCCCAGCUCAGCCCUAGUCCCAUCCCCAGCUCAGCCCUAGUCCCAUCCUCAGCUCAGCCCUAGUCCCAUCCUCAACUCAGCCCUAGUCCCAUCCUCAGCCCUAGUCCCAUCCCCAGCUCAGCCCUAGUCCCAUCCCAAACUCAGCCCCUAUGAAUGUAAUUAGUCUGAGUCAUGCGUAGGAAUGUAUUGAUUUGAUGCAGAGGUGGGAUGCAGGGAUCCAUUGAAGAGAUUUACCAGUCAUGUAAUCUUAAUGCCAUCAAUCACCAUUCUCCCAGGAGGCUACUGACCUGGGCUACUUGCUCUGCACUGCACUGAGUCAUUCAUAGGGACUGAGUCCCAAAUGGGACAAUAUUCCCUAUAUAAUGCACUACUUUUGACCAGGGCCACAUGGGCCACUAGGGACUCAUAGAGGGAGUUAUUGAGGGUAGGGAUGAGAAUAGACUACAUUGUAUACUGUAUUGGUUUCAAUAAUAUAAACGUCUUAUGAAAUGUUAUUUAUAUUACCCACAGCCCCCCGGGGCCUUUCUCAAGGGUUUGGGCUUUUAACUUUUAAACUGUGGCGGCUGCUGCUAGCCCUUUUGAA